AUGCAUUUAAUGUACACUUUAGGUCCAGACGGGAAAAGAAUCUACACUUUGAGUAAAACCACUGAAGCUGGUGAAAUUACCAAAUCUGCUCAUCCAGCUAGAUUCUCUCCAGAUGAUAAAUAUUCAAGACACAGAGUUACUUUAAAGAAACGUUUCAACUUGUUACCAACUCAACAAGGUAUGUGA